AUGCUGCUAUAUCACACGGGGUUGGACGCGCACGCCAUGACAACCUUCUUUCUGUGUGGCCCUGAAGUAGUGCUUGUACGCACAGUGCUAGCUUCGAAGCUGUUUACCACGGUUGUCACAUGUUUUUGGUGGGUGUGGACUGCGGUUAUAUGUCAAAAGCUGCUUGUCGUCUACCUACAAGCCGUGAAGUUAUUUGAGCACGUCACAUCCAGCGCAGGCACGGCGGACGAGAUCACUCUAAAGCAGAGCGGCAAAUGGUGGCUCGCCCAUUUAGUACCGAACAUCAACGAGCUGGUCCAGUUCAACCUAUUUGUCAAGGUGCCUUAUAAGCUGUUGCUGUUUGCCAGUGAUCUGUACAGCUGCACGCUCAUACCGCAGUUGCUGUGGCGGGUUGUGCACAGUGUUACACCAGGAGCAGAACCAACG